GAGGAGCUCCAAAUGCCGUGGCGACUUGCUCGUCCGGUUCAGUUCAGUGGCGCCGUCGUGCCUCGACGACGGCGGGAGACGCCGCAAGCAGGUGAGAGUGAGACGGGCGGUGACUAGCGGGCGCUUAGGCCGACAUCGGCCCCGCAGCGGCGGGGUAGGGUGCGUCGACACGCGGGACUGCGACUUGGGGGGGAUUGAUUCCCUUCGCUGUUCUCUCUUCUCCGGCGCGUGCGCGCGGGAUCGAAGGUAGGGUUUGGGCCCCAAAGUUCGUGUCUUUGGGGACAGCGGCGGCGAUGGACUACACCAACGCCAUCCACAUCAUCCCGGACGCCGCGGGCCCCGACGCCUGGGCCAACGCGGCGUCGGCCGCGGGCGCCGACGCCAGCAUCUGGGCCACCGAGGACGACUACCGCCAGUGGAGCGCCGAACCAGGCUACGGCGACCGGAACCCCUCGUCGCGGGCGGGGAGCGAGCAGCCGCCGCCGGGCAAGAAGGCUCGCGGCGGGGGCGGCGGCAGCGAUAGCGGCGGCGGUGGCAGCACGAGCAAGUCGCGCGCCAUUGGCAAGAUGUUCUUCAAGACCAAGCUCUGCUGCAAGUUCCGGGCCGGGACCUGUCCCUACGUCACCAACUGCAACUUCGCGCAUGGCAUGGAGGAGCUCCGGAAGCCACCGCCCAACUGGCAGGAGAUCGUGGCCGCCCACGAGGAGGCCACGGAGCAGCGGGAGGAGCACCAGAUCCCCAUCAUGACAUCUGGAAGUGUUGUAGCUGGAGACGGCGGCGGUGGCAGUGGUGGCGGCUCGCAGGGGGGCAGGGCAUUCAAGGGCCGUCACUGCAAGAAGUUCUACACUGAAGAGGGCUGCCCCUAUGGUGACACAUGCACCUUCCUGCAUGAUGAGCAGUCUAAGGCACGGGAGAGCGUGGCCAUCAGUCUCUCGCCCACCGUUGGUGGUGGGGGAUACAAUGCUGCCUCCGCCAACGGAGUGAUGGUGCAGAAGCCGUCCAACUGGAAGACAAGGAUCUGUAACAAGUGGGAGAUGACUGGAUACUGCCCAUUUGGGAGCAAAUGCCACUUUGCUCAUGGUUCUACCGCUAUAAUUGCAGAACUUCACAAGUACGGAGGGGGCCUCGUGGACAUCGACGGCAGGGACAUCUUGUCCACUCCUGAUUCGAAGCAAGCCGGUGGCUCUGCUAAAGCUCCUCUAGAGUCUGCUGCUGCGUCCACUGCGUUGCCCCCUCAUGCAGACGUGUACCAUCUCGGCAUCCAGUCGCAGCGCUCGGCCAUCGCCAGCCAGAGGUCUGGACAGCUGCAAAGGCCCAUCCAGAAAUGGAAGGGCCCUGACAAGAUCAGCAGGAUCUAUGGAGACUGGAUAGAUGAGAACGAAUAGAAGAAGGAUCUUCUACGGUGGGCCGAAGGGAAGCUGUUACUUGGUAUCCGUCCGACUCCACAUCAGCUGGUGGAAGCUUUACCUGGCUUAGAAGAUCUCGUUAGCGCUGCAAAACCAGAGUCAAGAUCAUCUUUGCAAGACCUGUAUUGGGGAGAUAAACUGCUGGAACAUAGUGCCGCUUUCUUCCGUUGAACUCAGUAGCAUUGCUAUGCUUGUGUAAUUUGUGUGUUGGAUGGAGGAGCAUAAUAGCAUAUAGCGAGUCAUGGUGCACCCUGUACAGGGUGGCUGAGCUGCAUCCUGAAGGCUGGUUGUUCAGGUGCGUCCGUGACUGUCUGUUGGUUCUUGUUUUCGGGCUAUUAUUAUUGGGCCGGAUAUUUCUAGCCUUACUCUUUGGCCCAUUGAGCAGUGCGCUGUGUACCAAGCAGUUAAGGCCAAUAAACAGGGUAUUUUUUCC